AUGAAGUUUAUUGCUAGUUUUAGUUUAAUCGUAUCGAUUGUUUUAUUUGUGUUAGGUCAACAUGUUCUUGCUGAUAGUCCCCCAAUCACUCAUAAAGUGUAUUUUGAUAUAACUGAAGAUGAUGUUCCAAUUGGUAGAAUCACCUUUGGUUUAUACGGUAGCAUUGUUCCUAAGACUGUUGAAAACUUUAGACAAUUGACUAUUUCUACUGAUCCUGAAUUUGGAUAUACUGGAUCUAUUUUCCAUAGAAUCAUUCCAAAAUUCAUGAUCCAAGGUGGUGAUUAUGAAACUGGUCAAGGUUAUGGUGGUAAAUCUAUUUAUGGAGGUAAAUUUGAUGAUGAAAACUUUGAUUUAAAACAUGAUAAACCAUAUAAAUUAUCAAUGGCAAAUGCUGGUAGAAAUACCAAUGGAUCUCAAUUCUUCAUUACUACUGUGGUUACUAGUUGGUUAAACGGAGCUCAUGUUGUGUUUGGUGAAGUUCUUGAUGGUUUCGAUGUGGUUGACCAUAUGGAAAAUGCUAAAACUAGUUAUGGUGAUCGUCCAGUUAAAACUCUUAAGAUUGCUUCUACUGGUGAAAUUGAAGUUGAACCAGUUGCUGCUGCACCUGAAGCUGAAGUUGAAGCUGAAGAUGUUGCUAAAGAUGAACUUUGA